ACGCCUGAGGGGGCCAGCAGGGUGUCCCCUGAGGCUGGAGGAGGCAGAGGGCACUGGGCAGGGCGGCAAAUGCCCGGGGUGCCGUCUUUUCCCCAGACAGCUCUCAGACAUGGAUGUGUUCCAGAAGCUAGAGAAGAUUGGAGAGGGCACCUAUGGGGUGGUGUAUAAGGCCAAGAACAAGGAGACGGGGCAGCUCGUGGCCCUCAAGAAGAUCAGGCUGGAUUUGGAGACCGAGGGGGUCCCGAGCACCGCCAUCAGGGAGAUCUCCCUGCUCAAAGAGCUUAAGCACCCCAACAUUGUCAGGCUGCUGGACGUGAUGCACAAUGAGAAGAAGCUUUACCUGGUGUUUGAGUUCCUCAGCCAGGACCUCAAGAAGUACAUGGACUCCACCCCAGCCUCUGAACUGCCCCUGCACCUGGUCAAGAGCUACCUCUUCCAGCUGCUGCAGGGGGUGAAUUUCUGCCACUCCCAUCGGGUCAUCCACCGAGACCUGAAGCCCCAGAAUCUGCUCAUCAAUGAGCUGGGGGCCAUCAAGCUGGCUGACUUUGGACUGGCUCGAGCUUUUGGGGUGCCUCUGCGCACCUACACCCACGAGGUACCUCGGGACAAAGGGGAGCGCAGAGACGGCCUCCACGCGCUCAACCACCCUGAAGGAGGCCGCUUUCUCACCCCAACAGGUGAUGACACUCUGGUAUCGCGCCCCAGAGAUCCUCUUGGGCAGCAAGUUCUACUCGACAGCCGUGGACGUCUGGAGUAUCGGCUGCAUCUUUGCAGAGAUGCAGCUGCUGCAGUACGACCCCAGCCGGCGCAUCUCCGCCAAGACAGCCCUCGCCCACCCCUACUUCUCAUCCACCGAGACCUCCCAGGCCGCCCGCCCCUGCGUGCUGGAGCAUUUCAGCAGCUGAGAAGGUGGAACCCACCGCCUCAGUCUCCCUCCAGCUGCUGCCCGGCGGCCGCCGCCCCAGUGACCCAGGCGAGAGAACCCACCUGGGGAGAGAGCAGCGCGCGGAGGAGUUUGGCAUCAGCCGUCAGAGGCCGAGUUUGGGUCAGUCCUGCCAGCAGCUAGGAAGUUCCUGUGUUGUUUGUUGAGUUCGCCGGGGCCCUUUCAGCGUGGGGCACCGAGGGCCCUGCGUGAGGGGGUGUGACAGAGGCCCCGGGCAGGACAGGGACG